UCGUCGACUUCGUCAACCCACUCCUGAAGCUGCGACAUCGUAUGCCGCAGCUUCACAUAGAAGUGGCGCAGACCGUCCGCCGUCGAUUGUGCCAUCAAUAUUUCUCGCUUGGUGCUCCGGCUGAUAUCGUUGAUCAGGGUCAUGUUGCUCUGGACCUUCGUCCAGCCGUUUGUCAUUACGUCCAGCUGCCGCAGCGUUCGGCUAUCCCAGGGCUGGAAGAACCGCAUGGCCCAUUCGAAGACGAAAGGAUUGCCAAGACGGCUCGUCCUGUCGCUCGGUGAAAGACCAGUGACGAUGUUACUGAUCUCAACGCCGCUAGUUCGAAGCGAACCGAUCAGCUGUCCAACAGGAGGCUCAGUCAGCUUUGAUUGGAUUCCCGUAUGACAUCCGCCCAGUCGUGCUCACCGCGUUCAUCCAUUGCACCGCGCUC